AUGGCAGCAUCCAAUCACUCAAGCGCUUCAAACAAGUGUACCUGGGGUUCCUCAGGGACCCGGGCCCUCUCCCCACGUCCCGACCCCACCGGCGCCGGAGAUCAUGACACUAACGCUCUGAACGGCUUGCACCACGCCAAGUAUCCUCCUCCCAACACCAACGAUUUGGGUAACGAACUGGAUAAUAUUUACGACGAGUCGGAGAAGCUCCCAGCUCAAAUGCAGCACGGAUUGCCCGAUCAGGAACAGACCAAGAAAUAA